AAAGGGAAAGACCGGGAUAGGUUUAUUAAAAUUUGCUAAAUAAAUAGAAAACACUUUUAGGUACCUACAUUAUGAUUUGUUUACUAUAAUAUCAAAUUUUUGUGGAGUAUAAAUUGUUUAUGCGCUUUGUUCAUCGUUCAGUUUUAUGAUUUAUCAACAGCUGAAAUAUAGUUUAUUUCUAGUUUUGAAACAUGGAUUUGUAACAGGCUGUCUCUGCACAUAAUUAUAACCAAAAAUGUUCAAAAUAGAAUCUUAUGUGACACCAAUUCUAUUGAGCUAUGUUGACAAAUAUGUGAAAGACUUUAGACCUGCUGAUGCUCAAGUAUCACUAUGGGGUGGAGGUGUGAUUCUCCACAACUUGGUGCUCAAAACAGAUGUCUUGCAGCAGGAAGUGUCGUUACCAUUCACUCUAGUUUCUGGACGUAUACAUGAGCUCCAAAUACUAGUGCCAUGGACGAAGAUCAUGUCAGAACCGAUUGUAGUUACCAUAGACACUAUAGAAUGCAUUUUAAGCCUAAAUCCACAACCUGCUGAUAAACAAACAACUGAAUCAUCAGUUCGCAGAACACAAGUGGUCGAAGCACCUCCGGGUUACAUGCAAGCUCUUGUUCGGCGGAUAGUAAGCAAUAUAGCAAUCAAAGUGCAGCAUCUUAUUGUCAAAUACGUGCAGGAUGAUAUUGUCCUGUCCCUUAAUGUGAAACAGCUCUCAAUCGACAGUGCUGGCGCUAAUUGGGAACCGGCAUUUGCUGAUAUUGAUCAAGCCAAUCCAGAGAUUAGAAGACUAGUCACAUUAGAUGAUCUCACAUUAUGCCUGGAUAGCUCAGAUUCAGAUGGAAAGAUACGAUUCUACCAGGAUCCUUUGCUUUAUAGAUGCAAACUUCAACUAAGAUUUCUAACAAGAUUAGUGUCAGCUAACACUCGACGAGCCAGCAGUAUAUCAAUUCAGUUCCGGUCAGUGAAACUCGCGUGGGGAGUUACUAAUGAACAGUUGCUGCUGCUGCUGAGGUUGCUAAAGGAACAAGAAGUUGUAGACGCGAGGGCCACAUCGCCUUCUGCUACUAAAAAUCUUGCGAAAACGUCAACCGCCUCUGUGGCCAACGUGCUCCAUCCUGUUCAAUCAAAUACAGCAGAACCAGCUCGAAGUGAGAGUUGGUCUGAAUGGGCUUGGUCAUGGAUGCCCUCAUGGAAGGAUCGAGAAGGUGGCAUUGAAGAAGCACCAAUGCCUGCUCAACCUACACCUUUCACAUUAUCAGCAUAUUUGGAUGAUAUUUCACUUGCUCUCAAAUUGGUGGAAUCUGAAGGGAAUACUCGUAAGCGAUUCCGAAACAUCCUUGAACUGUAUGCCACCUACGCAGCGGUAAAAGUGUAUCUGUGCGUACCAACAGCACUGCGAGUUAAAAUGGGAAUUCGUACCUUAGAAUUAAAGUCAUGUGGCAAGUGUCCAUGUGGGCACAUUGAUGUCGAUUCUUCAAACGACGAACUUAGAAGAUAUUUAUAUAGAGUAACAGCUGACGACGAUAAUGACAGUUGGAAAUGGCCCCAAGAUAUAAAUGAUGAACGCAUAGAAAUAGCAGAAAUCGCUGAUGAGACGACUGUUAAAAGUGAGGCUGUGCCUACGACCAGUAACGAUGAAGAUGAACAAGGAGUCGGCCAGAAAUGUUAUUCACAAAAUAAGGACCAAUCUAAAAUAUUUUGUGAAUAUGAUACUGCUUCUAUAAGACUUGAGAUGAAAGGAGACGAAGGCGAUGACCUCUGGAAACAAAUGGAUCCUCUCAUCUAUGUACACUAUAUACAUGAAAGGUCGCCACCAAGUCUCUAUACGAAUCCUUAUGAAAAUCCACCCAAAGACUUCGAAUACAGUGAUUGGGAAGAAGAGUGGGACUUACUCGUGCAACUACAACCAAUGGAAUUUCACGUAUGUAUAGGACUAAUCCAUCGCUUGGCAUCCAUCAGGAGCAUCCUGCGUGAAAUUACACCAAUCGCAAAAGUACCUACAAUGCGUACGUUGACAGUGGAAGAGUGUGAUGCCCUGUUAGACAACUUGCCUCAACAGAGGAUCAAUAUAGACAUAAACGACCUCGUGCUGCGGUUCCAUCCGUGGGACCACACACUCAACGAGCGGCCUGUGAAGACGGUACUGUUGUUUGCCGUCGACAUACCUAAAGGAAGCAUCGUCGUUACUGCACCAUUGUAUCCACACAGAGUAUGUUCAGCAGCGGGUCAGAUGCCCCAGGACACGGGCGCGCUGUGGCGCGGCUCACGAGUGAAUGUUACGGCUGCAUUUACCAACAUGCAGGCCUACGUCUGCUCACCCUCCGGAGACCAGCGCAAACCGUGCGCCCGGCUUGAUCUGCGGUUCGUCACACAUCUGCUCCUAUAUCCGCAAUACUUCGACAAAAAACAAAGCGUCUUAUUCAGCUAUGCCAUAAAAAUACGUGAGGCGAAUAUAUCUGGUUCGGCACCUCGCUUGUAUAGCGCUGCACUAAUACCCUUGUCAUUACUGAGAAACCGCUUGGCUCCGACUCUACGCCAUACUACUGUAACCCUCGACGCCCUCAACGACGAAGAUCUCGUGGCGUUGGACAUCAACGUGGAAGACCUAGCAAUACGCGGCUAUUUAACAAAGCAAGUAACCACGCACAUUGGGUCGUUACAAGCCGCACGAGCAACGAUAUUCCACUCGCCAGGUAAAGGAGAAACCAAGCAGGCGUGGCUAUUUUCCGGGCCAGAUGUACCAACUUCUUCGCCUUAUAUACGAUUAGCAAUGCAGUGGUGUUCUCAGCCAUUUCUCGGUUCGAUGGAUUUUUUGGGCAUUUGGGCUGAGCCAACCGCAGUGAGCAUCGACCCUCUGUUCAUAUCGUGGCUUUCAUAUAGACCCUAUAUGAAAACUUUCAGUGAUAUCCCUCUAACACCGGUCCAGAAGACCAUCUCGUCGUCACUGUUUUUCAAACGCCGCAUGACACCACCGUCAUCCAGUGGGAAAGGAUCAUCAGCCCGCGCCCCAAACGCAGAACAAGUUCACGUCAGAGCCAAAAGUGCGGAGUCUAGCAGCGAAAAGAGUGAAAAGAAAGAACGCAAGCCGCCUUCACCGCCCUCGCAGUCUCAAACUGAACCGUGGUGGAAGGGUCGAAAUCUGCUGAAGCUUCAUGAGCGCCUUAGAAAAGUAUUAAUAACUAUGGAACUGGGUUUGGUACUUGUCUAUGUCACCAAGAAGACUGCGUCCGCGGUAGACUGCGCCACUAUGCGCAUUGCUAUGGAGCAACAUGUGGUCAAAGGACAUCAAGUCGUCGUCUUGAGUGUGGGACGGUGGACCAUGCACACAAGUUCGGUCACCAAACAUUUGUGGCAACAUAUUCAACAUGAUGGUCCUACGUACAUCACAUUACAGGCAGAGUUGGAUGAAAAAGAAAAAGAAGAAUCGUUUCCAUGGAAAAUGUCGCUAGCUGACAUGUCGUGCUAUGAGCUCGCGGUAAUUACCGGCAUAACAACCGGAAUGAACCAGGGGAUGACGACGGGACUAAAGUCGCAGUUGAAACAAGCGACCCACAUGGUGAAACCGAGAAGCAUCGUUGAAGCGUUCACUUCGACUGUGAUACUGUCCGUCGCAAUAAAAUCACUUCAGCACAAAAUUGUUAUAAAGAAAGCCGAAGUGCCAAAACACGAACCGAAAAUGACUGCUGAAGAGACGAGAAUGAAAUUCUUUACGGCCGGGCAAGAUUUUAGACCUACAAGUCUGAAAGAAUUCUUACGAGGGCCAUCGAGGCGAAAGAGAGAAUCGUCCACGUCAGGUCAACAGUCGAAAGGAAAGAAUCCACCUGUAGUACUGGCACCUGAACAUAAACUAAUGAGUGGGGCAAUGAUCUCGCUUGGCUUCAACUUGCACGCCGACACUCCGCCUAUUGUGAUCAGGGUGGAAGACGAUCAGGUACAGCUGGUUAGUAGCUUAUUGCAUUGCUUUACGCAUCUGACAUCGUUGUUACGACAAAACCCUCUGGCAGUAGCAAGACAGCCCUCUCAAUCCGCAACGGGAGCACGGUUAUUGAACAGAUCGAUGUCUGAAAUCGAUGAAAUAAGAAGUUUGUCAGAAUCGGAUCGUAGCGAAAACAGAUCAGACCUGAUGACUAUAUUUGAAGCUCAUCCAUCUGUCACGGACGAUUCCUGCAAAACCUUCUUUUGGUUGCAAUGGGUAAUCAGCCGAGCAACUUUAAUCGUCACAACGGAAAACGUGAAACUAGCUUUUGACAGUGAUGAUAUCAUUACUUCAAUCGAUAUACAAGAACAUUACAAUCAACUGAAGAUAAAAAUUGGCUCGGCUUCUAUCAAACAAUACACAUGGUCAGAAGAUGAUGAGACAUGGACGACGGGGGCUAUGGGUGGACGUGUGCUGGAAGUCCGCGAGCCAGCCCACGCGCAGGAAGAUAGCCGUUUCCUUUCCUUAACCAUAACACAGGCACAAAUAUCUAACCUGCCACCAAGCUGGAAAGAGGAAAUGCAUCCAAAAUUACUGGAGCAAAAAACCGGAUUGGACACCAUGUGGGAGAUAUACGCAAUAGUAGCACCAUUGGAAGUGGUCAUACUGCCGUCGGUGUUAGACAACUUCAGAACAGUCUUGAAUGCACUGUCAGCAUAUACUUACUGCCCAUUGCCGGCGAGAGAACACAAGAAAACCAUAGCUGAUAUGCCAUUUUGCUACCUCAAUGUUGGAGGCUUGAGAAUUCUUAUGGCUUGUGACUUACCGCAAGGAAAUGUUGAUGACACGUUUAUACUAUCUAUCGGUAAAAUUUCACUCAAUCCACACCCGGACAAUCCAAUAUGCAGGCGAUCAACAACAGGGCCUGAGUCAGGUUGGGCCUUACUCACUGCAAAUUUAGAAGGUCGACAAUAUGAAGUAUUCGCCAAACGCAUUACGUUGCAAACCGCGCGAUUUUCGCGUCUGGUCUCACAAGAGGAAAAUGAAGCAGAAGCUAAAAAAGGUAUUACCGGAGAAAACCCCGCUCACAAAUGGGGCCAAAAGGUGGUAACCGCUGAACUUACUACCAUCCUUCACCCGCAAGAUGUGAUAUUCGUGAUGGCCCCGCCUCUCUUCGUGGCCGGUGUACUUGCGUGCGGUCCCGCCAUAGAGCUAAAUUUGACCUCAGACUGCUCCUUCGAAUUCAACGUAGACCAACUGCACCUAAUACUGGCUUUGCAGAAAAUGUUAACCCGAACUGUCCAACGUCGGUUCAGUAUGGAAGGCCAUGAGGAUAACAUUGAGGAUGAUAUGUGCCCUUACGCGCAAAUCUUGAUGAAUAAGAGGCGUUCGCGACCAGAAACGUCGGAAGGUGUAAUAUCUUUGAACAGCGACGGUGUACCUUCGGAAGGUACCGGUAACGUUUCAAAGUGCAAUGUCAGCGUGAAAGAUGUCGAAGUAGACAAGGUGGCUACGUCUGACAAUGCAUCUCAGUCGGAAUCCGCGUGUGCAGCGACGAUGGACUCCGGGGUAGAGACAGCCACUUCGCGAUCCACACUAAAAUCCGGCCAAAAUACCGAUAUUACUGCCAAAAAAUCUGUCUCUGUGGCUUUUUCCGAACACACGGUCGACGCGUCAGAACAUCUCGAAGUAUUUAUAACCAUGGGGAUGAUCGAAUUGUCGCUUUAUGCUAUCGACGAUGGCAGUGAACUUAUUAAUGAACUCAAACCAGGAAAGUCGAGGGUCGCUCAGCAAGAAACUGAGAAACCCCCAGGAAAGGUAGUAGAAGAGAAAAGAAGCGAAGCGACACCGGAGACUGGCUCAUACAAAAGCCUUACUGACAAAGCAAGAGAGGAAGACAUGGGAGUGGCUGGAAUGAAUCUAAGAGGUGCCGAAACGAUAGAAUUUGCACGGAAGAAACAAGGAAAUGUACCACUGUUUCACUUGACAUUUUAUCAACCAAAUCUAUACUACUGGAAAAGGAAAGCUAUUAAGAACAUUCAAGUGUCUCUGUUCAACGCUUGGUUUGGUCUCGGUGUGGGUUUCAUCGAAGGCCUCUGGCAUACUACAAUCCUCAGCACAGCGCGUGGGGUUCCCGAUCCGGUAACAGAAAUACCACCAGCUCUCGUGACUAUGAAGUACACAUCUGCAAUGGUCGGUGGUUCACUCUCAUCCACAAGCAUGUCCAACCCGCACGCCAUUUGCAAUAUAGACAUCGAACGACCUGUGUUGAUAGAAUUAUCUGCUGACAGCAUACGGCGUAUCGCGGGGAUACACAAACUGAUGCAGUUGAAACUAUUACAUACGAAUGCAAGCGCUAAGGCAGACAGUAAUGUAAUUACGACUCCACUUAUGUAUCGACUCCGUCUUCUUUUGACAAAAUAUGCGCUCGACAACGUUACAAUUCAAAUAAGUCAAGUAGGAGUGAGCGGGUCAGAAGGCACAAUUGGGUGGGACAGCGGGUCGCUCCAACUGGCGUUCACAGCGCGCCCGGAUCGGGUGAUGGUGCGCGGACUCAUUAACGGCCUGAUGAUUGCUACCGGGACGUUUAACGAACCUCGACAUCUGCUGCUGCAACCGCUACAAAUCGGAACCCAAAUACAGGCUUCAUGGGACGCGUGGAUACGAGCUGAAGGCGGUCUUUCGUGCAGAGAUCCCAUAGUCCGUAUGAAUAUAGACCUCGACCGUAUUACCGUGGAAUUACGCCCCAAAAUCGUCGCAUCCUUGAACGUUAUUAUCAAGGCUAUACAGGAAAUGAUGAAGAUGCAAAAGGAAUUUGAUGAGUGUGGUGAACCCAAUGACGACAACGUGUCCUGUAGCAAUAGCAAUCGAUCGAAAUCUUUCGAGCCUGGAACGUCUAGAGCCACGUCAUCGUCCGACGCCAGUGAUUCUGAACACCACUAUUACAAAGACGAUUUGAGGAGCGGAGCAUUUAAAAUAAUCAGCGGGGGCCAACUGCCUAUGGCUUACCAAGUGACGCUUCAUAACGACAUGGUCGCUUGGCGGUAUCCACAUCCUCGUGCCAUCACUAGGCUAUUGACGUUCCCCUUGCCUGAUCAGUAUGAGGAAAUAAAGGCGGUCCUUGAAUUCUUCAAUAAAUUGCUGUACCAGUGGGAGCCACAUACAUACGUUACCAUACCAGCCAACGAUCCCAAGGAGUUUUGUCUUCAAUUAGCACCUCCAGAUACAGUGUUUGCCACCACUUGGCGCUUUCGUAUCGUUCCGAAAGAAGAAAAGAAAACUCCCUAUACAUUUGAUAUCAACAACUUUAUGCCGAGACCGGAGCCAUGGUGUAUCCGUGGCGAGGUGGCUGCUGAACUGCAACCAGGGAGUCAGGUCUGCGCAGAGCAACUGUCCGGCAUUUUGCGGGUAGAUUCCUACUUCGCGCCAAAACUGACCCCGCGGGUCAAUUGCUCUUUAAGAUUUGCGGCGCUAGAAAUUCAUGUGCAUAACUCAGAGCCUCCUUUACAUAGUCACAACAAUCUUGAGGGGUACUACGUAUCGAAGCCGCUGAUGCGAGCACACCGCGUGUUAACACUCUCCGCGCGGGAUACCGUUGUCAACGGCAAGUUUGGUAGUCCGGCCGGGAAACUCGUCUUACUGAGUACUCGAUUAUCGAGCGACAUAAUGGACUGCACAUCAGGCACUAUGGAGGGAUUAAUAGACGGAUUUGACCUACAAGGCGGGGUGUCAUUGCGAGAAAAAUUGUUUGAUUCGUGGAAGAUAAGAGUGUGCGCCUCCGUCAUCUACGCAGCGUUGCACGUGCCUAGACUGCGAACCCUGCGAGCAUUAGCCGACGAUUGGCAAUCAGCAAUCCAAGAGGUAUCGGACGAUCCAAUGCCGCUAGAGAAGGUAAAAUCAACAUCGGAGUUGCUUGCUGAAACCCCGUCGGUGUUAGAGGGGAGGAUUUCCUUGUGGAUCUACAAUAACUGUUCCGUUGCCUUGCGGGUUGGCCAGGAGGGCACUGAUGAACUCAUACCUUUGGGAUCAGGCAUCCGGCUGGCUUAUAGGUGGCGAAAUCCUGACGCGGUAAAAAGAAUUCGAUUCGCGUACGCAAACCCGACCGACUGGCACUGGUCCAACAGUAUACCAUUCACUGUAGGCGAGCUUAAGAUCAGGCUCGAGGACGAGGGUACUAUCAACCAGCCAAACAACACAGGAGACUUCCUUUACGUGUGCAUAGAACAAGACGGCGCACACCGGACUAUGCAGAUAACCGGCCGACUCACGCUUGCUAGUAUGCUCAGGUUGAACCUGUUGUACAAGGUUCGUGCCCUCUCGCCGGAUAAUCAAUGGCACUCAAUAUCUUCCGGAGAACUGUCCAGUGAGAGCAUCGGCCGCAGUGUCAUCUGCAGUUCCAGCUGUGAUAUGGUGCUCAAGAUACGAUUUAUGCAACACGACACGGGCUGGUCGGGAGAUAUCCCGUUAAAGGAAUGCCCCAAGGAAAACGUACCAUGGCUAGUCAAAGUGCCAAGUGAAGGAGAUGUGCCGUAUAUAUCGGUCUGGUGCCGCGUCGUGCGAGCGCGUGCCGACGGGCGAAUCUUUGCUUCGAUAUGGCCACUCUAUGUACUACAGUCACAUCUGACUUUGGAUACCGACGUACUGGUGGUAACGGAACUAGUUGCACCGACGACAGAGGGGUCAGAGGAAUCUCGACCCCCGCCAUUGAUACAGACAGCCUCAGGUCGUGGCACCAGCACGCAUCUACUUGCACCCGGUACUACCGCGGCUAGGCAUAACCUAUCUUUUCAAUACAGAAAUAUCGAGUGUCCAGUGACGAGGGAAGCGGUGCCGCUGCAUUAUGGUGUCACAGACACAUCGGUGUUUGAGAAGCGACCCCCAGUGAUCACUGUCGACGAGGUACUACAGGAGAUUGACCAAUGGUUGGAAACGUCUGGGCGGCGGGCUCAUUCGCCGUGGCCGUACUCGGUCGUAGCCACACAUUGGCCUGGUACCUGGCAGCCGGCGCUUCUGCAGCCCAAGUGUGAAGUCGCCAUCCGGUACCAAGCAGUCCGCGCUGGAGGGGGUUGUUCACUCAAAGUCCAGCUGAGCCCAGUACUACUGCUUUGCAACGCGUCGCCUAUAAGUCUGACGUUGCGCGCGCACGACGCUGCGCCCAUGUGUAAACUCGAGCCGGGUACUGUUAUCUCGCCGCCCUCCAUAGUGCUGAAGAAGCCGUUCUUCAUGUCAGUAGAGAUCGUGCGGGAGACGUUUGUGAGCAACCAACUAGAGGUGUGCACAGAAGACCCCGGGCGUUAUGGCACGCCCGGGCAAGGCCAGGUCGCCAUCGACCACCCCGCUACCUUCGCCAUACAGUGCAACCAAAAGGUGGCGAUAAUCAACCUGCACUACGAAAUAAAAGAAGACAUAAACAUCCUUGGCCUUACAUCGGCAUUUGUUUUUGUCAACAAUACAAGGAAAGAUUUGUUGGUGGCCGCGACUGCUGUACCGAAAGGCGGAGAUAGGGAGCUAAUAUUGCGACCAAAGACUUUCAAAUUAGUGGCUCCAAAUAGACCUGGAAGUUUCCAGAGCAUUCCCCUAUGUAAGUUCUGGCUGCGGGAGCGCUGGCGCGGCGGCAACGUGUCGGAGCUGCUCUUGUUCCUAAAUAUCACGCUGUCUUCGAGCCACUUACCUGCCUACGCCGCAGCGCCCAUCCGGCUAGGCAUCACGCCCAACCGACGACCCAUCGCCCUUAGCGAUGGCAACACUCAUUCCAUGCCGGUGGUAGUGACGCAGCACAAACACGAAGGGCGAUGGGUGGUGACCGUGGCAGACGACCCGUGCCCGCAGUUCGUCAUACACAACCAGUCUCAGACAACCGUCGCCGUCGGACAACCUAUAGACACUGACGACAACGCGUUCCACGUACAGGUGGCACCUGAAUGCCCGGACUCGCAGUGGUAUUGCACUCUGCCGCCACAGGCGGUAACGCACUACUCGACCCCAGGAUACUGCUCCAACCUGCCGCCGGCGCCCGAAGCCGCCUCGCCAGUGCCCUUCCUUACUUUCUCUAUGGUACACGGAGAAGGCGGCUAUCCCGACUGGUGUCCGCCAGUGGCAGUGACCGACGGGGAACAACUAGUGCAGCUGACACGAACUAUAACCGUCAAAUUGCGCGUGCGCACCUUCCCACAUUCCACUCUCAUCGAGUUCCGGGAUGUCGAUCAGCACGACAUAUCUGCAAGUGACAUCAGGCGACGACUCGGAGAGCCACUUGGCUCCGAAGCAAUACUAGUACCAACAAACGCACCAGGUAGAAGCCAGUCCUUGGAUCGUAUCGUUGCAAAAGCCAAAUAUGACAACGAUGAAACUGUCACAAUACAACCCAGUUUCUUCUCUUCCGAAGUAGCGUCUACAGCCAUCGAGGAAGAUGCAAAUUUUGAAUGUCCAGAGUGGCGUCGCAGCUUGGAGUCGGAGUCGGAGCGCGUGCGCUGCAUGUUAGCGGGCGUGGUGGUGAGCGUCGCGGCCGCCAACGACACGCCGCCACUGCUGGCGCUACACGUGCACCGCGCGGCCUGCAUACUCACCACCUUCUUCGAGGCAAUCAGAACAACGAUUUCGAUAACCGACAUUCAGAUAGACAACCUUCAAUACGAAACUGGACAGUUCGACUUCGCUGUGAUCGCGACUACUUGCGCAGAACCACCGCAGCACGACGAUUGGCCAACGCUUUGGAAUAUGUUCACAGACCAGAAAGUAUUCUCGUCGCGGCUAGAAAAGGCGCGGGUGGUCCUCAAGACCUGUCACGACACGUGGUCAGUCGUCUCAUAUAAAUAUACCGAAUUGUCCGAAAUAGAAGUAGAGGCGGGCCCACUUGCUCUGUACGUGGAAGACGCGUAUGUGACCGCCUUGGCCGAGUUAUAUAGGAUGAUAGUAUCGAGUAAUAAGGCUAAUGAAGACACCUCAAUGGCCGAAGCGGAGUCCUUGCAGAUACCGCUGCGGCUGCGGCUGUUGUGCAUCCAUCCUCUAGACCUAACUUUGACAUUGCACACUGCGGUCCGCAUGUACAUAGCGUUGGACCAAAGCCCGCUGCACUUGAGCACGUUCAAGCUGCAAAACAUGUUCACGUCGCGAGAGCGAUUGGCGCAUGCGCUCACCGUACACUACCUGUCUGCCGCUAUACUGGGUGCUGGGUGGGUAGUGGGUGGUUUAGAACUAUUGGGCGCACCGGGAGCUUUAGCGGCUCGCGUGGGCGGCGCCACGGGCGGGGUGAAGGGCAUCGCGUCGGCUGCAGCAGCGGCGCUGGUACGGUCGCUGAGCGCGUGGGCUGGAUCACUCGCGCGCAACCUCGAUCUGCUGGCCGGAGACGAGGAACAUGCGAGGCGUGCCGCCGCCGCCAGGAGACGACCGCCCGACAGCCUAGUCGGAGGACUCAUCGCGGGAAUCACUAACUUCGCUAUCAAUAUACUCGGUGCUGUAGGUGGUUUAGCGCAUCACCCUCUAGUAGGGGUAGCGGUGGGAGAGACGGAGAGCAGUACUGCGGCGUUGAGGCGAGGUAUACUCGGCGCGUUGACUAAGCCGCUGAGCGCCACCGCCGACCUCGUGGCCUACGCCGGACACGGCCUACUCAAGCAAACAGGCUGGGACCCUGUGCCACAGCCGCGGCCUCUAAGGGUGGAAGGAGAGCCGUACCCGGCGGGGUGGCGGCGCGACAGCGUGCGGUGGACGUUCAGACUGGCAGAACUCAGCCCGCUCGCUGGCUUCGAGGCCCUGGUCGACACCACGCUCUUUCAACUACUCCUCACGCAUAAGUUCAUUGUAGUUGCUGAAGUGGAUACUGAGCGCAUCGUCGAAAUGAUCGAUUUGCGUUUCUGCACGCUCGGCCCGUUUGAAGGCUCCAUAGUUGAGCUUCAUGUGAAACAAAGACGUCCGUCUAGAAAUACUGAGGCACCGGAUGAAGAUGAUGAGGUUCAAGUGACGGCGGCGGCGAUGGCGCGGGUGGCGCGGUACACGGGCGCGGAGGGCACGAGUAGCACGAGCAGCACGCACGAGUCCCGCGUGAUGGCGCUACUGCCCACGCCGGGCCAGGCGAACGCGCUCUACGCCGCGUUGCUCACCGCCAUACACAACACUGCCGACACACACUUCUCACUAUUGUGACCUUCGACCGAACACAUGCUCGGAAUCCCCAUCUACGAUCCGAAACACCUACGAAAAUGUUCCCUACUUUUAUCUCGAAAUUGUUCCCACGAAUACUGACUCACCACCCGGUGUCCACACCAGACUUAUUUUAAACAUAAGUGUGUGAGAAACCUCUACACCGAAUCGAUAAUUCUUGUAUAUUUUACCACCACAUUAAAUUUAUAAGUGAACACACACAACGAAUGUAUAAAUAAAACUUUGGAUUUAAAAGUGUUUGAUAAGGACAACAGUUACAGAAAUGUCAGAUUAAAAUUAUAUAGCUUACUUCUUAGAUAAUAGAACGUCUUUGGUUUACAGAUAAAAUAUUGUGUAUAAAUGAAGAUCUUUCGAUAUGACAAGCAGCUAAACUGCCAUGACACAAAACUGAAAAAGGUAAUUUGCUAGAAACCACAUUUUGGAUACAUCAUUAUAUCAGUAUUAAGCGAUUUAAACUUACUACUAGUAUUAGUUAAGAAACUUAAAUACAAUUGUUUAUUUUUUAUCCAUUUUCAUAUAAGUCACGCAUCACUAUGAAGACAUUCCAAAUCCUUUAUAUUUGUAAAUAAAUAUUUAAUAUAUUUUGUAUCAGGCUUACAAUUAAUAAGAUAGUGUUAAAUGAUGAUGGCCAGUUACUAGAUUGAACUUGCAAGUCAGAUGAAUUCUGGCACUUAAUAUAUUUGUCAAAAUUAUAAUUGAUAUUAUUAUAUGUAUAGAUGUAAAUAAUAUAGUCUACAAAUUGUAUUUUUGUUAAUAUUAUUUAGAUUGAUUCAUUUUAUGACAAAUCGGUGCUUCCUCUUUCUUACCAAAUAAAAUGAUAUAAUAAUAGUAAAAGAAUGACAUGCCCCCAUAGCUGGGCACAAGAUCAUUAACGCAGUAAAUAUGUAAUAAGCUUCGUUAA